AUGGAUUUCAUUCAAAUAUCAUUGUUGACCGUGUUGGUUGGCUUGGUUGUCACCUUGGCGGUGUCCUACUUCCAAUCCAGCUCAUUUACUGGGGCCAAAAAUGGGAUCUCCACUCAAUACAGAAAACCAACAUUUUUAAUCUUGGGUCCAAAUAAUGCUGGUAAGACAUCUUUAUAUUUCCGUCUUGAACAAGCUGCAAACGACGAAGAAGACGAAGAAAAGGACGGUAAUAACAAGCUCAAAAUCACUCCAACUGUUUCAUCUAUAGAGCCAAACUAUGGAUCUAUAAAACUUCCAAUCUCUAAUCGUUCCAUUGCCAAACCAUUUCAAUUAAUUGAUUUCCCAGGUCAUUUGAAAUACUUCCAGUUACUCAACAAGUUGAUUGUUGAUGAGGUAACUUUGCAAAAGAUUAAGGGAAUCAUCUAUGUCAUCGAUUCAUCUUCUUCCCCUGAUGAUCUUCGUGAAGUGGCCAAGCAUCUCUUUAGAUUAUUAUCAAUCACCGAAAAACUUACCAAUGGUAUUGAUUUCUUAUUUGCUAUUAAUAAGAACGAACUAUUCAAUUCUCGUCCAGUAUUCAAAAUCCAAGAGAUUUUAGAAUUGGAAAUCACUCAAUUAAUUCAGGAACAACUUAGUGAGAAGUUUUCUGGUGGUGGAGAAUCUGGUAUUGAUCAAGGUGAUGAUGAAGAAGAUGGUGAAACUUCUGGUGGAUUUGGUGCCUAUGCCAAGGAUUUCUGGUCUUCGGUUGUUGGUUCCAAUGGGAAGUUCAGAUUCGAAAUGUUGGAAGGUAAUAUGGAUUUCUUUAAUGGAUCAGUAUUAAAGAAUAAAAUCGGUCCAUGGGAGAAUUGGUUAGAUGAAAAAGUGGUUAAUUAG